AGCUUUUUGAAUAUCCAGUUACUGCUGUUCCUGAUUUCCUAAUCAUUUUUUACUACCUUUGACCUCAUGGAAGUAUUUAGCAAGUAAGUGACCAGUUGCUUCUCUUGUACAUUGCAGGUGUCCUAUGGUUGUCAGUAGUAUCUGAGGUGUUAUACAUCAUGCUGUUAGUCGUCGGAUUCAGCCUUAUGUGCCUCGAGCUCUUUCAUUCAAGCAGUGUAAUAGAUGGGCUCAAGUUAAAUGCCUUUGCUGCUGUCUUCACUGUGCUUUCAGGUCUCCUGGGGAUGGUGGCACACAUGAUGUAUACUCAAGUGUUCCAAGUGACAGUCAGCCUCGGGCCAGAGGACUGGAGGCCACAUUCAUGGGACUAUGGAUGGUCCUUCUGUCUGGCGUGGGGUUCUUUCACCUGCUGCAUGGCGGCCUCCGUUACUACCUUGAACUCUUACACUAAGACUGUCAUUGAGUUCAGACACAAGCGCAAAAUCUUUGAGCAGGGCUUUCGAGAAGAACAGAACUUCCUAGACCAGGAAGCCAUCAAGUACUUCAGAGAAAGGUCAGUGCAGACAGCCUCUCUAUGCUCAGUGGAGGUUUUCACGGACUCUGCUAGUCUCAGAAAAUCCAGGCACGUGGGCAAAGUCCCAGAGAUACCUGGUGAAGAUGCGUGUUAAAGAGACAAGAGAUCCUACAUGGUCUGUUUUUUUCUUAAAUUUUGUGAUGUCCCAGUGCCUGCUUGUUCUCUUCUACUCGUUAAGACACAAGGCUGACCAGUCCUUACAGCAUGCAUCUAAUUCACAGAAAUUCAUAUGAAGCUAUAUUGCAAAUGCAAGCAGAUAUUCCUUCCCUGAACAAGGUGAAAUUGGGGGAGGGGGGGUAUAGCAAAUGUUACAGCUGUCCUUUCUCAGAGUGUGUAAUGGGUAAUGCCUUAAAAUCCCUAAUAGCUACUGAGAUAUAUUCCAAUCACCACUGGAGUUGCCAUCUUCCAUACUCACAUGCUACAACUCAUCCUGAACUCCUCCUCACAAAAUCAUGCAUCUGUCACAUUGCAGUGCUAUGCUCCUCUGCAGAAACACCCACAUUUCCACCCACACUGCUGCCAGGGUCCUGGAUUCACUUCAGAUCCUGGCUAGGCUCUGAAAACCCACAAAUGCUCCUUUGCUCUGCCUCUGAGCACAGCCUGUCCCUGUGUACUGCCCACCCCACACUGCUGUCCCUGCACACUGGGCCCAUCAUCAUGCACGGCCCAUUGGCACACACUGCACACAUCUGCAGACUCGGGUGGCUCUUUAGAGCCAACUGCUCAGUAGCCAGCUGGUCUUGACCACAGAGAUCUAAGUUCCAUAUUCAGUUCUUUUCUUGACCAGUAUGACAAGAGGAAUGCUACCAGCAACACCUCUCACAGGCAUUUUCCACUUCCUAACAGCUACUUCCAGCUCUGCAUUUCACCCCUGUCUAUUUCUGCUGAACCCCAGCAGUGCCACCUCCUCCCCAGCAGCAAGAGGGCUACAGGGCAGAGGUACAAACACAGCCUACAGUCAAUCUUGGCAUAUGCACUGCUCUUCCCUUCUCAUACAAGACUGGCCUCUCGCACACUCUUUGGCCUCCUAUGUGAUUCCAUGCUUGGUCCAUGACACACUAAUCAUCCCUUCCCCUUCCCCUGUACUUCCAUAUAUACACAAAGACUUUCCCCACACACAUAUACACACCUAUCAGCAACAACCUUCACCUCACUGCUUGCUCAUCACAACCAUCUGUGACAAACAUCAUUCUCCUUUCCAAACAAUACUCUGGUCAGUCUACUGUCAGCCAAGCCCUGUGCCCUGAACCACUGCUACCCAGCUUGCUUUUCUUGCUUUUACCAGUGCAGUCAGUCACACCUUGUGCUUGUCGCUGGUGGGGUUGUGCCUGAGAACACAGCCCAUGUGAGCCACAGGAGCAAUUCCACUUGCUGGAAGCAGAUCAACCACUCUGAGGGUGCUGACAUACGUCACAUAACUUAUCUUUUUGCCUAUGGAAUAAUUAUUUGAUAAAAAGCAUAGAAAAGGCCUCAGACUUUGUAGGAUCCCUCUGAAGGGCACUGGGGGUUCACAACUAGGGCACAGGUAUGCCAUGUUAGAAAGUAGGCUAAUUUAUUGUGAGUUCUGUAACUUUCUUGUUAGCUGAAAUGGCUGCUCUGAGAUACCUGCUGUCCUUCUUUGACAAGAAGCUUAAGGCUUUGCUUAAAACAGCAGGAUGUGAAGAACACAAAAACACUGACCUCAGACAACAGGAAGGUGUGAGAGGCUCCUUAGGGAACCUCCAUGGAACAAGGAGCUACUAAAUUCAGAGAAUCCUCACCAAAAGCCUGUUGCUGGAAGCAACAUAGAAGUAUUUUGGGUAAAACAUACCUAAUAAGCAUUUGUUGUUCUUCUGACCAAAGCAGCAGGUUCUCAGAGGUGGAAGAACAUGGCUGGGAAGCUUUCAGGAGACAGGAAAGCUGGCAGGAUCAGACAUCUCAGUAGCAAAUCAAGGAGUUCUCCUGAGCAGGAAGAAAGAGAGACCUUGUUGCUUAUAACAUUGCUUUGGUUAGUCAACCUUAAAUAGUCUGUGCUGAUACAAUUAUUCCUCUGUCAAAUUUUGAGUUUUCACUCUACCUUUCAAACAAUCUUGGAAGGAUCAUAAAAAUGACCCAACCAACCGUGACUUUAUUAAUUCUGCAUUUAGAGAUGGCAAUUAACUUUUAAAAACUCUUUGCAUGAAAUGAAUGUACACAGGGCAGGGGAAGGGAUCACCGCGUGCCUUUGGGGAGCACCAAGUGAGGGGAAAUGGUCAGCAGAAUGACUGAACUGAGAAUUACAGAUGUGAGACCAGCAGGAU